AUGGAGAUGAGGGCCCGGGAAUCUGUAAGCACGUCAAAGGACCUAACUGGGGAAAUCGCACCUUAUGCCACCGCCCUACAUGAUGUGUUCCUCCAGUCCCAUUGCUCAUCGUGCUUCACCAAGUUACUGCCACAGCCCCCCUGUGUAGUUUCUUGCACGAUUUGCUGUUCUCUUCGAUACUGCUGUUCAGAGUGCUUUGGUGCAGAUUCAGCAGUGCAUUUUUCUUCUGGUGAAUGUUGCUUCUUUGUGGACCACCUCAAGAGAGCCUCCCCUUCCUAUGUUAGUGAAGGAACCAGUGAUUUGCGUGCUGCCCUCCGCCUUCUUUAUGUGCUUGAGAUGCAUGGUCUUGCUUCGUCUGAUUCAAUCGAUAAGUACAGUAGAAUUGGUGGACUUUCAGCAAGUGGUAUUGAGAAAGUUUUGGAGGAAGGUGAGGUUAUUGCUGAGAGGAUACUGGAGGGGAGCUUAUUGAUGUCAUCUGCCAGAAAAUCAAGGGCACAGACUUCUUUUAUUUUUUCCGAUAGGCUUAAACUUGAGAAGAUGGCAUUAUGGGCAGUGAUUAUCAAUAGUGUUGAGGUGCAACUUAGUGAAGGAUUAGCUAUGGGAGUUGCAGUGUAUGGCCCAAGCUUCUCAUGGUUCAACCAUAGUUGCUUUCCCAGUGCUUCUUACCGGUUUGUACUGGCUCCAAGGAAUGAAGACUAUGCUUCACAGAAAUCAAAAUCCUGUGUAGUCCCUGCUAGCAAAGGAGUUGCAGCUGAUGUGGUAAAGGAAAAUAAUGACCAUUUUGUUUAG